AUGUCUGCAGCCAACAGCUCCAGCCUGACCCCAGGAUUCUUUAUCUUGAAUGGUGUUCCUGGGCUGGAAGCUGCACACAUCUGGAUCUCCCUGCCAUUCUGCUUCAUGUACAUCAUUGCUGUACUGGGGAACUGUGGGAUCAUCUACCUCAUCAGCCAUGAGGAGGCUCUGCACCGGCCCAUGUACUAUUUCCUGGCAUUGCUCUCCUUCACAGAUGUCACUUGGUGCACCACCACUGUACCCAAUAUGCUGUGCAUAUUCUGGUUCAACCUCAAAGAGAUUGACUUUAAUGCCUGCCUGGCUCAGAUGUUUUUUGUCCACAUGUUGACUGGGAUGGAGUCUGGCGUGCUCAUGCUCAUGGCCCUGGACCGCUACGUGGCCAUCUGCUACCCCUUACGCUACACCACCAUCCUCACCAGCCAUGUCAUUGCCAAGGCUGGGUUUGCCACCUUCCUGAGGGGUGUGAUCCUUAUCAUCCCAUUCACUUUCCUCAUUAAGUGGCUGCCCUACUGCCGGGGCAACUUCAUUCCCCACACCUACUGUGACCACAUGUCUGUGGCCAAAGUGUCCUGUGGCAAUUUUAAGGUGAAUGCGAUAUACGGCUUGAUGGUUGCUCUCCUGAUUGGUGGCUUUGACAUCUUUUGUAUCUUCGUGUCUUACACCAUGAUCUUGCAGGCAGUGGUGAGUCUAUCAUCAGUAGCUGCUCGACACAAGGCCUUCAGUACCUGUACAUCUCAUAUCUGUGCCAUUGUCAUCACCUAUGUCCCAGCGUUUUUCACAUUUUUCACACACCGUUUUGGGGAACAAAAUAUACCCCACCACAUACACAUCAUUGUGGCCAAUCUUUAUCUGCUACUGCCACCUACAAUGAACCCAAUUGUUUAUGGUAUCAAGACCAAGCAGAUUCGGGAAGUUGUGAUCAAAUUUUUUUCAAAGUCACAACGCAAAGCACAUGGAUAUUAA